GUUGGAAAAUUUUCCCGCGGACGUCCUUAACCUCUACAACUAAAUAAUCAGUUAAUUAGGAUAAAUUGUUCAUUCCAAAUAGCUACUUGCUCAAGGAAAAAGUCUCACUUGGAGCCAUGUUUCACUAAUGAAGGAAAGAAAAGAGAAGAUACUCUUAACUAGCCUGAUUUUCGUUUAUUUACUGAAUAGAUUUUUUUGCAGGUAUCUUUCACUGCUUCUCUCUUGACACGCUCAAUCAUUCACUCGUCUUUUUGUUCGCUCAUACUUUUCUAUAUCUAUGCAGAUCGUCCCUUUAUCUUUUCAGUUGGCAGCUUUUUUCCUUAGUACUGAAUUAAGAAUUAUAAACCUAAGCCAUGUGUUUAUUAAUUCAAUUAAGUCAACAUAGAUCGUUUCCAUAAUGACUCAUUAUUUACUGUCAGUGUAAUGCCAUUUCAGGUUUGGCGCGCGCUCCGCCUAAUCGUGGACACAGGUUUACAUCACAAAGGUUUCUCUCGCACUGACGCGCUCGGUUACUUUGCUGAUUACGCCUGGGACACGAGCGACACCGCACUGAAAGAAGUCACCAGAUAUCAGAGCGGCCCAGGACAGGCUACUGCCUACAUGAUUGGUCAGCUUAAAAUCAUUGAACUCAGAGAAUACGCCACAAAAGAACUUGGUGACGAUUUCGACCUGAAGGACUUUCACUUUUAUCUUUUGGCGCAAGGCUCCGCUCCGCUAAGUUAUCUGGAGGAGAGUGUCCACGAAUACGUUCGAUGUACCAAAGACAAGGAACAAGAAGGAUGCGAAGAUGUGUUGAACCCUGUAGCCCCUGAGGAAGAACGAGUCAGUGAGUUUGUAGGAGUGAUUGGCGAGGAAAGCUACCAGCCAGUGGAGAAACCUCCAAGAGAAGAUUAUAUUUAAGCGACACUUAGAGCUGCAUAGUAAUAUACUAUCACUUCUAUUUUAGUUUUAAAUUUAUCAACGUAGGACUUAAAAGCGAUAAUCAAUAUUCAGUUUACUUUCUUUGGCUCUUAGUUGCGCGGGAAAAAACUGCUACCUGUUUAUAGCUGUUGUUUUAGACGCCUUUCAACUAACACGGGCAUUAGAUCAACGCUAAUCCGCGUUAUAAAUUUACCCUUCACUGAGUUCUUCACUGCUUUCAAAUUUACCUCUACUCCUAAUUUUUUUAGCCACUCUACUCCGCGACUAAUGGAGUCAACUAGUAAGUAGUGCUCGCUAAAUUGUUACUAAAGCUAUUACUGAAUUGCAUGCCAUAUCCCUUAUUGGUUAUGCGGUGUUAAAUUCACACAUGAAGUUUUCUACAGAGCCUGAUAUCAUUAGAAAACGUCCUGUAACUUCGCUACUAAAGCUAGUAAGGACUAACUACAAGAGCAUUUACUGAAAGAACCAACACAGAACUUAAACGAUUGAAUUUCAUCCUGAAACGCCACUAUUUUUAGCCCUCAAGGCUGGUAUCUUUAAGUGUCGUAAUCGAAGAAGCGAUAAAAAGAGGCCAUCUGACAAGUGGUUUUUUUUUAUUAUUAUUUAAAGUAACACGUCUUAACAAAUUGCACGUAUCACAAAUUACAAAAAUUACAAUAACAAAGUACUCUGGUAUGGCUACUCCGAUACUACAAUGUACAUUACUUAUUUACAUCAGGUGUUAG